AUGCAAGCACCCUUUUGCUGCAAGCUGCCGCCGUUUACACGUCAACACACAUCAUCAUCAAUUUAUUAUCGACAACAACAACAACAAGUAUCCAACAGUUUACUUUACAUAAUGACGAAAGAUCAAGGUCAUCAUUCAGCUUCACAAAUAACAAAAUCUCCACCAACAAAAGGCCUUCUACGUCAAUUACCAGGUGGUACGAAACAAAAGUACGAUGGAAAACAAUGGCGAAGUGUAUGCACAACACCACAUGUAGAUUGUAGGAACGUUCAAUUUCGAUACGGUUUAUGUCAGAAACACUAUAGUGUAAUUAAUAAUCAAAAAAAAUAUACACACUCGAGAGUGGUAACAGCAACGUCAUCUUUAAUUGAUUCGCACAAUGAGACGUUAAAAAGGAAUUUAUAUGGAAGUCAAAUUAAUCGUUCAACGAAAAAACCUGAAAAGAAACCGGCACAUCCAGUUAGUAAUGUAAAUCAUUAUGAUUUUGACGCUGAAGAAGCAAGUGAUAGUAACGAUGAUCAAUUAGUCGAAGACAUGGAUCAGAGUCAAACGGACGAUAUUCAUAUUGUUCAAACCGAGUAUGAUGAUUCGGACAAUGCUAUGGAUUUCGGUAUUGAACAAAUUUCUAUUAAACAAGAAAGAAAAACAAUGCCCUCAUCAUCCAAUGAUUUAUCAAAAAAACCACUUGUUGUACCACAACAACAAACAAAAUCAACUGAUCGAAAUCCGAGAAGAAGAAGUACAGCAAGAUCUUCAAUACAAUUUUUGACUAACGGUCAAAAUGAUGAUGAAAUCGAAAUUAUCGGAGGAAAAAAAGCGCCGCUACAAAGUGAAGAAAAAACUAUGCAUAUGAUUGGUCUUGGUGUACCUCCAUUAACAAAAACAGAGGAGAAACUUUUAUGUACUCAACUGACACAACAUCCUCAAUCAAGUCGAUGGACAUUCUUGGACGCCGAAUUAUUUGCAAAAAAAUUUGCUUGUGAAGCUGUUAAAGAUAAUUUCAAUCAUGAUAUGGAAUAUAUUUCUCGAGAAUGGUUCUAUGAUUUUUUAAUGAAAAAUCCACCGGUUGUCUCAACGUUUAAACGGUGGUUCGAACGAAUGAAACCAAUUUAUCCGGCUAAUGGCAAUUCGAUUGAAAUUAAACUUUGGCAUUUGAGUGUCAUUGCACGUGCACCAAUAAAUAUUUAA